GCAUUAUAUAGCGAUUACCAUUUUUUUUGUUGAGUAUAUACUCUAAAUUUUUGUGAUUUAUAGAUUAAGUUUAUAUUUUAGGUAAAGUAAUCGUUUAAAUUAAACACUGCCAUAACUAAACCGUCUUUUUGCCAUGUUUUUUGACGACGAAGAUGAAGCAAUAUACGAUCCUGAUUUAUUUCACAUUGUUCAUGGAGAACUAUUUGAAAUAGGAUCAAAUCUUGAUGUAACACCGUACGGCUUAAGAAGUGUUCCUACACAUACUGAAGAUGGUAUACCUAUUAGGAAGUUAUAUGUAUCGAAUUUACCACCUACAACCACAAGAACAGAUUUAUUUGGAGUGUUUGCUCAAUAUGGUUUUAUUAAGAGCUGCUGGUUGAGGAUGGGUGACAGAGGACCCAACAGGACACCUGUACCAACUUAUGCGUUUGUCACUUUUAGCAAUCCAGCAGAUGCCCACAAAGCUCUACAAGCACCUGUACAUGAGAAGACAUUAGACGGUCGUAAUCUCAGAAUAUCUCCAGCUGAUAGUUGGCAUCAGCCAUCUGAAGAUUCAGAUGGCAGAGUACAAUGGAAGCCUAACAUUCGCAGGGAAGAUCCUAACAGCAAUUGGGGGAGAGAUCAGCCAAAUGGUAAUACUGCAGAUCCUAAUGUUAGUACUGAAACUGAGAAUAUUGAAACAAGUAGCAAUGAAGAAAUUAAUGAAGAGACUGAAGAUGACAGACCCUAUAACAUAUUGGAUAUACUCAAUAGAGAUUGCUUGUCACACAUUUUGACUUAUGUUCCUAUUAGAGAUCUUAUCAGAUCUGAAAGAGUUAGUAAAGGAUGGCAAAAUAUGGUUCAAGAAUAUUUCCAGGGUACGCGAACGUUCAAGACUUCGUGGUGGCAGCACGUGCCGGUGACGCUGACGACGGCGGUGCUGCGACGCCUGCUGCAGCGACUGGGCGCGUCGCUGCUGCGUCUGCACAUCGACCACCACUGGUCCGCGCUCAACGACCGCACCGCGCACACCGUGGGCAAGUUCUGUCCGCUGCUCGAGGAGCUUAAGGUGGUUGGAAUGCACACGAAAAAUUGGAACCCAUUAAUUUAUGGAUGCAAACAACUUAAAAGUCUCUCUUUUGUGUCGUGUAACAAGCUCACAGAUUCGAGUUUGGUCAAUUUAGUCAAAGGUGAUUCAUGCAUUGAAAGUCUGACCGUUGCCAACAAUACACAUGUGACUGGUUUUUUCCUCACAGGGUCCAAUCCUUCGAAACUAUCUUCUUUAGCGUUUUACAACUGCUAUAGCCUUCAAGGCACCGUUCUCAGUUCUGCUAUAGAAAACCUACCGAGCUUAACGUCCCUCAAAUUAGACGUCUGUCCUGUCACUAUGUGGAAAAUAAUACCUCUAAUAAUAAGCAAACUGCCAAGACUCGAAGAACUCUCUCUCAGCGAAUACACGUCCGUGGAAAUGGUUCUCAACCCUCCCGGAAAUGAUGCAUUUUGUAAUUCUUUAGCUGGCCUGACCGAUUUGAAGAUUUUGAAUUUGAGCAGAAAUAUUUACAUCACCGAUGCAGUUUUGAAAACUGUGGCGCAAUCCUGUCCUAAAUUGGAAUCGCUGAACGUAUCCAGCUGUAAUUCCAGAAAGGGUUUUCCUUACCCGGGCGUGGGCGACGAGGGCGUGGGCGCGGUGUGCGCCGCGUGCCCGGCGCUGGCGCGGCUCGACGUGUCGUACCUGGUGGCGCUCAGCGACACGGGGCUGGCGGCGGCCGCCUCGCUGCCGCGCCUCGGCACGCUGACCGCGCGCGGCAUGCCCGCGCUGUCCGCCGCGCCGCUCUCCGCCGUGCUGCGCGCCUGCCCUCUGUUGGAGGAGCUCGACGCGUGUGGGUGCAAUGGCGUGUCGGAGGAGGUUAUAGCGACGGCUGCGGAUGUGUUGCGGAGCAAUCCACGUCCGCUCGUGCUGCACCUGGCCGCUACCGCCGCCGCAAUUCUCGACCGACUACAGGCACCCCCCACAAAGAGUUGGAGGGAUUGUGGGACUCAGAAUUUCUUAAAGAGCUUGCAGCAAGAGUACGAGGGUCAUAAGUUGCUGACUAUAAACCUGUAUGAAGAUCGUAGCAAUCCACAAUUGCGGCCUGACUUUGUGGACCGCAUCUUCGAAGAGAAUUCCGAGGGAUCCUUCGAUGACAUACUCUACGAUAAUGAUUUCAACGAUUUCCUUGUGUCAGAUGACGAAAUGUUCCUGGGUGAUGGUUUAGAAGAUGAUGAACAUGUUCUUGAAUUUCAUGGGCCCAAUAUAGUAUUGCUUUGAAAUUAUAUAACGACUAUAUUAAACAACUCCAUUAUCUAAUAUAGUUUUAUAGAAAGCUACUGUGGAUUUUGUAUAUUGAGUUUUGUGUAUUCAAUUAAAAUAUUUUAGUUUCAUGUGAUUGUUGAUGUCAUACAUUAUUUUUUUAGAGGAAUAGAUCUUAGUUAAUUUGUUUAUAAGUAGUGUCUCUCAAAUUCAAUGAAACAGGAACUUACUUUCUUCUUAUGGUUAUAGUUAUUUUAAAUGUGUAAGUGUUUAUUUGUUUGGAACACCUGAAGAUAUAAAAGCAGUUUACAUAGAACCAAUGAUUAUCUGUAAUAUUUUCAAUAUAUAUUUAUCUGUGAUGUUGGUGUUGCAACUUAUAACAACAAACUGAUUUUUUAGUGUUUAUUGUUACUUUAAUAUACAUAAAAAUAUAAGUAUAAGCAAAGUCUGAAAAAUUGUGAUAGAAUGUAAAUUUUUCAUGUACCUAAUGGUUUAUUUUUUCAUAACUGGUAUUAUUUUGUAUGAUAAAUUGUAAUAAAAAAUAAAAUUGUAGGUACAAAAAACUGACAGAUUGCAUAUAGCCUGUUCAGAAUGUGUUUAAAAUGCACAAGUUGGUUUAGUUGAAAGACUGUUUAAUGAUGUUCAUUGCCUCUUAGUGUUGCUCCAGCUAUAGGUCCAAUUGUAGUGAUUGCUAGCUUCAAGAGUCAUACCCGUUUGUCGGCUUGAGAAUAUAAUUACUACAUCUAUGCAAUGCUAGUUUUAUAGUAAAUAUGACAAUAGGGCUAGGCCAUUCAAGAUCAUGUAAUAAGCAUGCUGUGACACAAUAUAUUUAUGUAAGAUGUAUAUAGAUUAUAUUACACACAUUUGUAAAUCUGACAGUUGUUUGUUAUGCAGUUGUUGAAAUGGAUCUUUUUAUAUUCUUUUUUACUAGGUGCAAUAUUACGUGCAUGGAGUAAAUUAGCAAUUUUUAAAAGUUUUUCAUAAUUUUAUAUUACAUUACUGUAUCUUUAUUAUAUUUUUUCAAUUUUAUGAACUCAAUGCAUUGUAAUCAACAAAGUGGUUUUUAUUUUAUUUUUUUUAUCAAAGUAUCAAUUUUUAUUUCAAUACAUUUUCGAUAAAUCAGUAACUAUUUAUAUUUUUUAACCAUUUUAAAUAGAGGUUAUAUAACAUCUAAUUUUGAGGUGAGUUCUAAAGGUUUAUCAUAGCAUUAUGUAGUAACCUUGAAUUAGCAUGAAGCAAGAAUUAUUAGCUUAUGUUUGUUUUUAUUAUUUUCAAUCUAUUUAUUUAUUUUCUUAUUAACUAAUGCUUUUUUAAAUUUAAAAUGAGGAAUAUAAAAAAAAAACCUAAGUUAAAUGUUACUUAAGUUACUGUGAUUUUUGAAUGAGUCCUAUGUUUAAAUUUGCUUUGUGCUUUUUCUGUUACUUUGUUAAUAUGUUCAUUAUUUUGUAAGCCGCUGGAAGGGUUUAAUUUAUUUCUAUUUGUUUCAAAUUACAAUUAACAAAGUGAAGUGUUCUGCUAUAUGGGAAAAUAUUUAUAGAAGUAUAUUUUCAUGAUUCAUUUAGUGAUAC